AUGUCGCCGCUCGUUGCUGCUGCUCCUACCAAUCGUGUCAUUCUGGGUCUAAUGACUUUUGGAACGGACACGGAAGCUGGAGCUCGCAUUACAGACGUCGCAGAGUAUGGCAAGAUCCUAGAUCUCUUCCAGUCACGAGGAUACAUCUAUAUCGACGGGAAACAAGAGGCUUUCACUCGUGAGGUCGGCUGGAAAGAGCGGGGUUUGACCCUCGCAACAAAGGUCAAGUAUCCAAAUGCUCCUGGCGAGAACACAGGCGACAAGGUCAUUGCGUCUGUCGAGACGAGUCUCAAGGAGCUGGGAUCUGACUCUGUGGAUGACCGUGCUACACCGUUUGCCAACACCCUCGAAGCCCUCGACAAGCUCCACAAGGCUGGCAAGUUUGUCCGCCUCGGUCUCUCUAAUUUCACCGCAUUCGAAGUUGCCGAAAUCGUACUCACCUGCAAAUACAAUGGCUGGGUCCGUCCAAGCAUCUAUCAGGGAAUGUACAACUGUAUCACGCGCUCUAUCGAGGCUGAGCUGAUUCCCGCCUGCCGUCGCUAUGGCUUGGACGUCGUGAUCUAUAACCCCAUUGCUGGCGGGAUAUUCUCAGGGAAGAUCAAGUCUAAGGAUAUGACACCAGCCGAAGGACGAUUUAGUGACACAGCCAAGAGUGGGAAAAUGUAUCGUGGAAGAUACUUUAGAGACAGCACUUUCAAGGCGCUGCAGGUGAUUGAGACCGCGGUCGAGAAGGAAGGCCUGAGCAUGAUCGAAACUGCUCUCAGGUGGGCGGUACAUCACUCGGCCCUCAAGGUGAAGGAUGGGAAUGAUGGUAUCAUUAUCGGUGUGUCUAGCAUUGAGCAGCUGGACGAUAACCUGAACCAUCUUGAGAAAGGACCACUUCCCGAAAGUGUUGUCAAAGCAUUGGAUGAGGCAUGGCAGAUUUCCAAGACAGACACAGUCAACUACUGGCAUCUUAAUCUGGAGUAUCAAUACGACACCAGGGAUGCUCUCUUUGGGGCGGGCGCGAAAUGA